CUCAGGAAUAUUUUACUACAGGACUGGACAGCACGGCGUCUUCAGAGGAACACUUUAUUUAUGGGAAUUAAAAUCCGCCGAGGAUGACUGAUGACCGAUGAACACAAGGGCCUUCCCCACUGAUGUCAGUGAUGGAGAACGAGACGUGGCCGCACUCUCUGUAUAUCCCACAUUAUCUCCUCCAUGGUGACCCGUUCGCUUCGAGGCUCUCCAGAGAGGCGGAUAUCGUUGCAGCCUUUUACAUCUGUAUCAUAGGAAUCAUGUCUGCAACAGGGAAUGGCUAUGUCAUAUACAUGACCAUUAAACGGAAGACCAAGUUGAGGCCCCCUGAGCUCAUGACUGUUAAUCUAGCCAUCUUCGAUUUUGGCAUAUCAGUGACAGGAAAGCCCUUUUUCAUUGUAUCUAGUUUCUCCCAUCGCUGGCUGUUUGGCUGGGAGGGUUGUCGUUUCUACGGCUGGGCGGGCUUCUUCUUUGGUUGCGGGAGCCUCAUCACGAUGACCCUGGUCAGUCUGGACCGGUAUCUCAAGAUCUGCCAUCUCAGAUACGGCACAUGGCUAAAACGACACCACGCCUUCCUGUGCCUGGCCUUUGUCUGGGUGUAUGCAGCCUUCUGGGCGACCAUGCCUCUGAUCGGCUGGGGAAACUACGCCCCGGAGCCCUUUGGGACCUCCUGCACAUUGGACUGGUGGCUGGCACAGGCCUCUGUGUCUGGCCAGAGCUUUGUCAUGGCCAUCCUGUUCUUCUGUCUCAUCCUCCCGACAGGCAUCAUCGUCUUUUCAUAUGUCAUGAUUAUCUUCAAGGUCAAGUCCUCUGCAAAGGAGAUUUCAAACUUUGAUGCUCGCAUUAGAAACAGCCACAGCCUUGAGAUGAAACUCACAAAGGUGGCAAUGCUGAUCUGUGCAGGCUUCUUGAUAGCCUGGAUCCCUUAUGCAGUGGUGUCAGUGGUGUCAGCGUUUGGUGAGCCAGACUCGGUGCCCAUCCCUGUGUCUGUCAUUCCCACGCUACUGGCUAAGUCCGCAGCCAUGUACAACCCCAUCAUCUACCAGGUGGUGGACCUGAAAAAUUCCUGCACAAAAUCCUCCUGCUUUAAGGUCCUGAAGAAACGCAGGCAUUGUAGAAAGUCAAGGUUCUAUACCAUCUCAGGCUCAUUAAAGGACACUCCAGCAGCCAAAGAAGCUCACAUGGAGAUGUGAGGCAGACACUUUAGACUUUGUGACCCUCUUAUCUUAUCUGCUUUGGACAGUUUGCCUUGUUCCCUGCCCUUAGUGCCCUACACCUUUCCAAUCACACGCUGCCUGUCUCCUGCUGUGACGCCAGCUCACCUUUGUUGCCGGUGGUUCCUGAGUCCUGCUGCUUUUUUUUACACCCACGCUGGAUCUCCGUAUGGUUCCCACAGCUCCCCACCUCCUCUUUCCCACAAGGUUUUCCUCAAUCUGUGGAGUUGGGUUGUCUUUACGAUGGACACAGCGUGACGUCUCCUGUGAGCAUCUUGACUUUGUGUUUUUGGAUUACAGGCACAUCUGUUGAUGCUUUGGGAAAAGAACACCUCAUGUUUCUGUCUGACUUAUUACAGGGUUGUUGUCUAUAGCUAUGACAUAUUGUGAAUCCAAAUAUUACAAAAGCCUGAAAAUUCUUCACAGAUUUCAAAUGUCAUAUAUAUAUUUUUAACAAUGUUUCUAAACCCUGAAUUGCAGAU